AAAUAUACACACAGGAACCAAAAAGAGGAAGAGGAAGGACAAGGGGAAGACAGUGGACAGAGAGGUGAUGGACACGACAGAUAAGACCUGUAGUCCAGCAGGCAUCGUUGCGAAUGGUGAUUAUCCGGUACGGUGCACUGAGGAAGUACUUCUCCCUUUCUUCACAGAUGAGAGUCUGCAGGUCACCAUGGAUGCACAACGCCCUCCUGCCUCCCACAGCCUCCCUCCCGCUCUCCCAGAACUUAGACUGGUCCUCCUGGGCAAGAAAGGAGCAGGGAAGAGCGCGGCAGGAAACACCAUCCUGGGAGGAGCAGGAGGGUUCGAGAGCGGGAAGCCCACGGAGGAGUGUGUGAAAAGGCGAGCCGAUGUGGCGGGGAGAAAAGUCACGGUGGUGGAUACUCCAGGGUGGGAGUGGUACUACCCCCUCAACAGCACCCCCAACUGGGUGAGGAGAGAAACUUUGCGGAGCGUGUCGCUUUGUCCCUCUGGACCUCAUGCUGUGCUCCUGGUGGUGCGAUCCUGUGCCUCGGUAACAGAGAACUACAUCAGUGAGAUAGAGGAGCACCUGGAGCCGCUGGGAAAAGCAGUUUGGGAGCAUACCAUGCUGCUGUUUACCAGGGGAGAUGAACUAGGACUGGUCUCCAUGGAGCAACGCAUCCUGACGAGCGGCCCGGCACUUCAGAGACUCCUCCAGAAGUGCGGGAACAGAUACCACGUGGUGGACAACCGCAGCAAGGGAGAUGGGACGCAGGUUAAAGAGCUGAUAAGGAAGCUGGAGGAGAUGGUGGAGGGGAAGAAGGAUGGAAGCAGCUACUUAGAGAUGAACAAUACGGUUCUGUUGGGUCUGGAAGCAGACGGGAAGAGGAGAGCGAGGGAGAGGAGGAAGAAACAGAGGCAGAUGGAGGAGCAGAUGCAGAGAGGGACCAUUAAAGCUGCUCUAAUCAGCGAUGGUCUUCAAGGUUCAGAGCUAGAUGCCCACCAGUCGUUCUCCAAGGCUCCCCGACGUUUACCUGAGGUCAGACUGGUUCUUCUGGGUGAGCGUGAAACAGGAAAGAGUUCUGCCGGGAACACCAUCCUGGGCAAAAAGUGCUUCUUCCAGGACGGGGUGGCAACAGAGGAGUGCAUGCGUCAGCAAGCAGAGGUGGCCAUGCGGGUGGUGACGGUGGUGGACAGUCCGGGCUGGGAGGGAGGCAUAGCGGGUGUGACACCUGAGAGGGUGAAGAGGGAGAUUGUCAAUAGCGUGGCUUUGUGUCCUCCAGGCCCCCACGCGCUCCUGCUGACUCUGAGGGUGGACACACUUGUGAUGGCGGGACAUGUGAGGGAGCAUCUGGAGCUUCUCGGCGAGGGUGUAUGGAGACACACAAUCUUGCUGUUUACGCAUGCAGAUCAACUUCGAGAGGGGGUGGAUAUUGAGCAGCACAUCCAGGGCGGGGGAAGGGACCUCCAGUGGCUGCUGGAGAAGUGCAGGGGCAGGUACCAUAUCAUCAGCAGCAUAGAUGGAGGAGGAAGAGGAGAUGGAGGAUCCAGUGUGGUGACAGACCUCCUGCUGAAGGUGGAAAAGAUGGCCGCCAUGAACAGGUGUGAGGCUUUCUCCGGCCUGGUUCAAGAGGUCAGGGAUCUGAGCCGACAAAGGAAUGAGAAGUUCAACCAGCGCCUAAAGGAAAUGGGAGAUAAAAUGCUUCGUCAGGAGGUGGAGUUGAAAAAUAUGAGAGAGAGGGAGAUGAAAAGCAUCAGGUGGUUUUUUGACAGGAAAAAAAAGGUCAAAUCCCCCGGAAAGGCCGACAUUCAGAAGGAAGAAGAGGAGGAUGAGGACAGGAGGAGUGAGGAAAGGAAGAAUGAUAUUGGGGAGCUAGAGGAGAGGAUGCAAUGGCUGACAGAGGAUAAAGAGAGAGAAAUUCAGGAUCUGAAUGUGGAAAAACAGAGAAUCUGUGUUGCACUAAACCAGAGUAGAAGAGAAAGAGACGAGGCGAUGCUCAGCCUGGAACUCAAAGAGAGAGAGAUCGAGGAGCUGAAAGAGAGGAUUGACGAGCAGCAAGUGAAGCUGCUCGACCUUGAAUGUGCCAGCGUAGAAAAUGAACACGAGAGAAAACAGAGGGAGGAUGCCAUUAAAGUGGAGAAACAGAAGUGGAUGAGCGAGGUAAAGAAAUUGGAAGAUAAUAUAGAGCUGCAACAGAAAGAGAAAGCAGAGUGGAUGGAAAAAGUUGAUUCUCUGAAAACAGAAAUGGACGAGAUGAAAAGACACUAUGACAACAUUCUCGACAGAAAAGCACAAGAGAUGGCAGAGAUGGAAGAAAAACUAAAAGCAGAGAUGGAAAUAAAACUGCUGGAAAAAGACAAAGAGCAGGAGGAAGUGAAAAAGAAAGCAGCAGAGGAAAAGCAGAUAGCCCUCGAUAGCUUAAAACAGUAUGAAGAACAAAUGGAGUGGAAAGUUAAAGAAAUUAAGUCAGAGCAUAAGACAGAGAAAGAGACAGAGAUACAGGGCUUAAAACUGCAGCACCAGGAAGAGAUGGCAGAAAAAAUCAGUGAGAUAGAAAAAAUGAUAGAGACGAUGAAAGUUCAGCACCAAGAAGAAAUGGAAAAGAAGAUGAGAGACAACGCAGAAGAUAAAGAAAGGGUCAAACAACAGCAUGACUGUGAAACAAGGCGUAUGCAGCAAGAAAAACAAAGCGAGAUCGCAGAGCUGAAAAGGCAGUUUGCAAAAGAAACAGAGGAGCAGAUGCAAGCCAAAAAGAGAGAGAUAGCAGAUUUAGAACAAAGUUAUCUCGUCCAAAUAGAAGGGAAGAUGCUAGAAAAUAAAGAAGAGACAGAAAAGAUUUGUCUAAGUCUCAAAAAAGACAUGAAAGAAAAGAUGCAAGAGAAAGAAAAAGAGGUAGAAGAGUUAAAACUGCAGCAUCAGGAAGAAAUGGCAAGAAAGACGGAAGAAAUGCAAAAAGUAAUGGAGGCGAGGAGAGCUGAACACCUGGAGGAAAUGGAUAGAAAAGUGAAAGAAAAGGAGGAAGAUGUGGAAAGGGUGCAACAAGAGUACAGUGAUAAAAUAAGGGACAUAGAAGAGGAAAGACAAAGAGAGAUCAAAGAGCUGAAACAGCAGUUUGCAGAAGAAACCGAGAAACGACUGCAGGACAGACAAAGGGAGAUAAAAGACUUAGAGCAAAAGUAUGUCACCCAAAUAAAAGAAAAGAUGCUGGAAAGUGAAAAAGAGAAGGAACUGAUGAAUGAGAAUCAUGAAACAUAUGUCUUACAAAAAAUGCAAGAGAAAGAGAGACAAAUAGAGGAGUUAAAACAUCAGCACAUCAGUGAAAUCAAAGAAAAACUGCAAGAAAAGGACAAGGAAACAGAAAAGACUGUUAUGAAUCUGAACAAAGAGACGGAGCAAAGACUGCAGGAAAGGGAAAAAGAGAUAGAGGAGAUAAAACUGACUGUCGAAGAAAUGAAAGAAAAGCUGCAACAGAAGGAAGAGAAAGAAACGGACCAUUUAAAGAACAGGAAAGAAAUGGAGCAACAAUUGGAAGAAAAAGAAAAAGAUAUUGAGGAGAUGAAAUUAAGUGUCAAAGAAGUGAAGGAAAAGCUGCGACAAAAGGAAGAGAAAGAAACUGAUCACUUAAAUUAUAAGACAGAACUGGAGCGAAGACUGGAGGAAAGAGAAAAAGAGAUAAAUGUGAUGAAAGAACAUUUAACAGAAGUUGAGCAACGACUGCGGAAGACAGAGGAGGACCGAGAAAGAGAUCAUUUAUGUCACAAGACAAAGAUGGAGCAAAAACUAGAAGAAAAAGCGAGACUGAUAGAGAAACUGAAUCAGUGCAUAAAGGACGCUGACGAAAUCCUGCAAAGAAAAGAAGAAGAGAGCGGAGAAAUUAUUCUGAAACAAAAGAAGGAAGCAGAGCAACGGUUGCGAGACAGAGAACGAGAGACGGAGGAGAUGAAAGUACAGCUUUUAAACGACAUGGAGAGAAAACUGCGAGAAAAGGAGGCUGAGAUCGGAAGUCUCAAGCAACAGGCUGACUCCAGGGAGACGAGAUGGAGGGAGGAGCAGAGGAAGAGGGACGAGAGAGGAGGAAACGAAAUGAACAGACUGAUAGAAAUAAUCGACGAGAAGACAAAAGAAAUCACACAAGCACAACGUCUUUUUGCAGAAAGAGACGGUGAGAUGGAUGAGGCGAAGAAGACGUGUGCAAACUACUUAAAAGAGAUCGAAGAGCUGAAAGAAAGCAACAAAAACCAAAGUUCCAGCAUCACAGAGAUGCAGCAGCGUCACGCCGAGCAGGAAAGGAAGAAAGAUGCCGAAACGAUGGAAAAACUUCAGGAGAGGGACGAGGAGCUCCACCGGCUGAGGGAAAGAGACGCCGAAAAUGAGAAAGAGCUCGUCCAGCUGAGGCUGACAAUCGAGCAGACGAAGCGCGAGCUGAAGGAGCUCGCCGCUAAGAUGGAGAAGGAGAUGACGAGCAUGAUUCAGGCGUAUGAAAAGGACAUCGCGAGAAAGAACGAGGACAUAGAAUCCAUCGAAAAGGAGAAGGACUGCGCAAUGAGCCGCCUGGAGGAGGAGAGUCGCAGAAGCAUCUCGGAUGCCGCAGAGAAAUAUGAGGCGAGUCAGAGGAGAGUCGAGGAGCUGCAGGAGCAAAAUGAGAAGAUGAGAAAGAAGGCAAACAAUCUCAAAUUAAAGUGCGAGGAGCUGAGGAAGGAGAGCGAAGAAGAAGUUAGAAAGCACCUCAAGGGAUAUGAAGAGCAGGUGAAGAGCAUAGAAGCAGAAAUCCAAAGUAUUCUUAAAGAGAGAGAUGUGGAGGUCAGGGUAUUAAAGGAGGCAAAUAACAAACUGCAAGUAGAGAUGGAGAGGCUGAAAGAGAGAGGAGGCGAGGCAGAGAGGCAGAUGAAUGAAAUGAACCAGCUGAAGGAGAAACAAAGCCAGAUCAGUAGACAGAAGGAGGAGAUUGAAGAGGAGCUCUCAAAAAAGGAAGAAGAAGCGAGGGAAAGGGAGCAGGUUCUGAGCAGAAACAAAGAGGAGUUGAGCAAAAGAGGACGGGAACUUGAUGCAAAGGAGGAAGAGCUUGUUGAGAAAGAGGUGAAGCUAGAAAGCAGGGAGCAAGAGCUCAGCGAGUGGCAGGCAAGUCUGGAAAAACAGCAAAAAGAGCACGAAGAAAGAGCUAAAUACGAGCAAGACGCGAGCACGAGUGCGCAAAACAUCAAGAAAACGGAGAGGGAGCUAGAAAGCUUGCUUAGGGCUCUGGAGGGCAAACAAAAAGAGCUAAACUGUCACGGCCAAGACCUUCAGAAGAAGGUGAAAGGCCUGAAGGAUCAAGGCAGAGAGCUGAAAGACAGGGAGCACUACUUGAGAAACGAAGAGCAGGAGCUGCUCAACUGGAAGUCAGAGCUGCAGAUGCGCAAUGAGCACGUAAACUCUACGACGCAGCAGUUAGAUGAGAUGGGGAGAGACUUGGCUUUGCUGAAGGAGGAACUUCACAACAAGGAGAAAAAAUUAAAGUUAUCAUUUAACAAGCUGAGCAAAUGGGAACAGAGUCUUAAAGAACGGGAGGAAGGGUUGCUCAGACGAGACAAAGGAGUUCUAGAGAGUCAAAAACAGGAGGUUGAUGACAAUGGGAGAAUCCGUGAGACGGACUCUUUUGAUCUGACAGCUGCCAUUGAGAGCUCAGAAGACGAACUGCUUUUAAUCUACCGAGAGGUCAGUGAGGGAAGGGAAGAAGGAAGAGGAAGAGGAGAAAAUGCAAAGGAUAGGGAGGAUCAGAUAAUGAAAACAGCAUCGUCAGCUGCAGAGAGCAAUAACUGUCACCCUGAAACAUUCAGAGAGAUAGAGGUGGCUGAGGGAAAGGGAGGGAUGAGAGGAGCAGGAGCAAAGACGAGGAAGAAAAAAGCCAGAGAGGACCUAGAGGUCAUUCGCAAUUUCCAGCUUUUAUCUGCAAGUCACGUAAGCUCAAACAACAAAGAGUGUCCUGGGACGGAUCUGAGGGUGGUGGUGUUAGGGGAGUCCUGGUCGUCUCGCUCAACAGCCGGAGUCACCAUCCUGAGUGGAGAGGCACCCGAACAUGACAGGUCCAACUUCAGGCCUUGGAGAGGUCAGAUAGCUGGACGACGCCUUGCCAUCGCAGAGCCGCUAGGUCUGAGGUGGCGAGACGGACCCGACCCGACCGACGCGAUGCAAAGGGAAAGCAUUCUGGACAGCACCUCCUGGUGUCACCCCGGACCCCACGCUGUCCUCCUGCUCAUGCCGGCCUUCCUGACCUGCACACCGAAGUACAGGAGAGCAGUAGAGGGGCACAUGAGUCUGCUCGGGGACGAAAUGUGGCAACGCGCGCUGGUGCUGUUCACCUGGGAGGAGGUUUUAGGGGAGAGCGCAGAGCAGCACAUCCUGAGGAACGGGGAGCUCACGGCGCUCGUACAGAGAUGCGGGGGCAGGUAUCAUGUAGUGAGCAGCAAGAGACGCAACUCUGUGAUCGAGAGAUUAUUUGAGAAGAUGGAGGAUAUGAUAGCUGCGAACAGCGUGUAGAACUGUCAUGUAAAAAUGUGUUUUUCGUCUUGUGAAUAUUUUUAAAUAAAUUUAACCAGUGGUGGAAUAAGUACUGGAAUUCUUUAUUUACUGCAGGGCAAAGUACCAGUAUCACAAAGAAUUUUAGUCCCAGAGGAUUGCAAGAUAAAUCUGAGGGGUGGUGAGAUGAUAAACGCUGCAGGAAACAAGAAAAAACUAACUUCUACAACACAAAUGUGCAUUCUCUUUUAAAAUUUUCUCAAAUUUUUGCUUUUUAUGGUGAAAUGUUUGAUCAUUUAGGCUUAAGUGGAACUGCUAAAUGUGACAAAAGGCCCCAAAUACUGCUUUUAUUCAAGAGACUACAGGCCAAAACAAUUGAGAAACACUGCUUUCUGCUUGAACAAUACAUUGAAUUUAUAAGCGUAUCAUAUGUUUUUGUUUCUGUGAAAUCUUAAUCUGAAAAGAAACCAGUUACAACUGUCAAAUAAAUAUAGUGAAGUGAAAGUGCAAUAUUUCCCUCUGAAAUGUGGUGGGGUUGAAGUAUAAAGCAGCAGCAAAAGAACAAAAUUGCACUUGUUUCUUUCCACCACAGAAUUUAACAUCCUGCUUAUUCAACUAUUCAUGUAAAUAUUCAGAAUGUCCUGCAAAUCUGAGAUGAUUUUUCAGAUGAACCUUUGCUGACCUGCACUGACACCAGCCGCGAGAGAGAGACAUUCACACUCUCGCCACAAGAUGGGGACGUUGUGUCAGUGUAGCGCUCCCUCCCUGAGCACCAAAGUAAUCAGUGUUGAAAGUCCCUGAUGACAAGGAGUUGAUGGUGAAAGUAUAGUGAAGCUAGUCAAAUAUAUAUAUUUUUUAACCAUGUUUUACAAUUUUCUGUGUAAAUGG